CAGGUCCCAGUAAUAAGGUUCCCAUAAUAAUAAUAAUUUCAGAAUUAAUCCCCUCUGACACCCGGGAGGCACCAUGUCUGUGGCCUUUGCUUCAGCCAGGCCCAGGGGGAAAGGAGAGGUGACCCAGCAAACCAUCCAGAAGAUGUUGGAUGAGAACCAUCACUUGAUACAGUGUAUCAUGGACUAUCAGAGUAAGGGGAAGACAGCAGAGUGCACUCAGUAUCAGCAGAUCCUGCAUCGUAACCUGGUUUAUUUAGCCACAAUAGCAGAUUCCAAUCAGAACAUGCAGUCUCUGUUACCUGCGCCGCCGACCCAGAACCUGAAUCUUGGCCCUGGAGGGAUGAGCCAAACAGCAGCCAGCCAGCCCCUCCAUACACAGGGUAACGUGGGCGACACUCUAGGUGCCAGCCUGCCCCCGUCUUCCCUCAUGCAGAGUCAGAUCACUAAUGGGCCCAGCCAUGUGUCCAUGCAGCAAUCUGGCCAAACCACCAUGCCUACUACAACAAUGAGCAUGGCAGUCAGUUCGCAUGGCACAGCCCCUGGUUACAGCCACGCAGUGCCCAGCUCCCAGAACAUGCCAAUGCAAAGUCAGGGCAGCAUCAGCAACUAUGUAUCAAGAGCAAAUAUGAAUAUGCCAUCCAACCCUGUGUCCAUGAUGCACCAACAAGCAGCCAGCUCCCAUUACACCACGGCACAAGGCAGCAGCCAGCAUUACCAAGCACAGUCUUCCAUCUCCAUGAUGAGCCAGAACAACCAGGGAAGUGGCAUGAUGGGGCAGAGACCUCUGGGUCCAUACAGACCCACACAGCAAGGAUCUUCUCAGCAGUACCUGGGGCAGGAAGAAUAUUAUAGUGAGCAAUAUGGCCACAACCAGGGCCCCUCAGAGCCAAUGAGCCAGCAGUAUUACUCAGACGGCCACAGUGAUUACAGCUACCAACAGUCAUCUUAUGGGGAGCAGAGCUACGACAGCCGAACCUUUGAGGAUUCGUCGCAGCAUUACUAUGAAGGAGGAAACACACAGUACAGUCAGCAGCAAUCAGGAUAUCAACAAGGAACGAGCCAACAGCCGGGAUACUCCCAGCAGCAGUACGCAAACCAACAAAACUAUCCUGGACAACAGCAGGGAUACGUUCCUGCACAAGGAACAUCCUCUCAGUAUUCCAGCUACCAGCAAGGUCAGAGCCAGCCGUACUCCAGUUAUCGCGCACCUCAGACCGCAUCCUCCGCCCAGCAGCAGAGGCCCUACGGCUAUGAGCAGGGCCAGUAUGGAAACUACCAGCAAUAAUCCAUCACCGUGGUACCUAAUUCCUUCCUGUGGUACAGCUAAUGGACUGGCGGGGAUCGCAGGGAGAAUUUGUUCUCAUCCCUGGCACAUUAUUUAAUUGACUGCCAUUUGUAAUGUCACAUGCAGCAAAUUAUAGGGACAUCCACACAUUGCCAUGCCAACAUGCAACAUUUAACACAUUACCCAUCAGGGAUCUGCCUCCCAGCAGAGACGGUAAAGUGUUAUUAAAAAUAAAUUGACAAAGACUAAUUCCAGAAACUAGAUGUAGCUGUGGAUCACGAUGUCAUUCAGUAAGGGCAGACCUGAAAGGUGCGUAGUUUUACCCAUCAUCAUUUUAUAGGUUUCUAUCCACCGUGAAGUACUAGACAGCCCAGUGUAAACCAGAAGAACCCUUAGUGGCUGCCAGCUACGGUGUGUGUCCUCACUGAUUCAAUAAUAAUUACUGAGAGAAUAAUGGAGUAAAGAUAUCUGGCACAUGUCAAAUGUUAGCUCAGGCUGAGCAUUGGUGUGAGUUUCUGUGUGACCUGGUACAGUCUGUACGUCAUGUAAAUACUUUGAACAUUUCUUUCCUGAUCACAGUGCAGCUUGUAGCAGCUCUAAUCAGGCGUUAAACUGCCGGCAGCUUUCAAAUUAUUCUAUUUCCUUUCAGACUCCCCACGUGAAUUCCUAAUGAUGAACUUUAUAAAUGAUUUUUAUAGCCAAGUCACCCUUCCUGUAAAUUGUGCCAGCAUACAGAGGGUUAAACCCAGAGCCUGGCCAGCACUUGGACACGAUCUGAAAGGUAAACCAGCGCAUUGUUAAACCCAAUGUGUAUAUUACAUUAUUCUUCCAAAACCGGUUAUAUAUCCCUCUUACAAAGUUUACCCUUUUAGAGUUCAAGGCGUGAUUAGGAAGAUUCUAAAGAGCUGAGCUGUGAUCAUGAGAAACAUUGUGAUGAGAUCAUUGUCACACUGACCCCCAAUAACUAAUAAUUACUGGACAGAUGUUUAUUCGCUAAACCUGGAAUUGUGGAUAAUUCGCAAUCUUACCAAAAUAACUUUAAAAAUCUACAAUUCAGGUGACUUUCCUGUUCAGUAUUUUGUCCUAAAAAUGCCCCCAAGAAAGUCAGAUGUGGGCUGUUCAUUCUUCACACUUCCUGCUUAGGCAAAAAAAACAAACCUGUGUGUUCAGCUAUAUCUCAGUUGUAGCGGACUGUGCCAUCCAUGCUGUCUCAAACCCAGCGAUAGCAUGGACGGAUUGCUUUACCACCUGGUUUUAUUAUUGUCCAUACAUUUCAUUUCUCAUCAAGUUAACCACUUUACUGCCAGAUGUUAUUUUGGUGAGGCCCGAGGAGAGUAGGUACUAGUUAAGUCGUGUCCUCUGCUCCUCCCAUCCUCAUGGCCUGACAAUUUAUUUCUGUGCAGACGGGAGGAAAGUGAAGCCACCCAUUCACUUUAAAAAGCAGGUCAGGAGUCUGGCCGAGGGUAGUAAGUGUUAGAGGGCCACUGCAGGUCCUGUUGUAUCAUAUGGAGAGCCUGUGGCUCUCUGCUUUUGUCCUAGAAUAAAUGUGAUUUGCUUUGUGCUAGUGCUGAGAGCACAACGAGGGCUGCGACAUUAAUAAAGACAGCGCCAGAGAUAUUUUUAUUUAUUUACAAAAUAAAGCCCUGCGCUCAAACUCCCACUACUCUUGGGUGGCAGCGAUGAUUAUAGUACACAUCAGCCCUAAUGCAUACAAUAAAAACCAAAGAAUAAAAUCACUUGCCCACCAUCCCAACUCCCUAUGCAAAUUUAAAUAACAGCCAUUGGAAUGAUCCUUAAAAAAACGCCAGUUAUUUAAAUAUGCAUAGGGAUUUGGGAUAGCGCGCAGGUAACUUGUUUCUUUGUUUUUUUAUGUUUUUUUAUUUAUUUAAUUUGCGUUGCACUUGGAUCAGUAUCCAGUUAUUUAAUACGUAACGUAUUGUGUGUCGCAGUAGGCGACAGACCAUUUUUGGUGUUUGAAAGGGUAAUUUAAUGAGCACUUUGUGGAGCAAAAAAAAAAAAAAAAAGUCAAAGUGAAUCUGUUCUGACUUGUACAUGAAAUUCAUCAUCUUCCUAUAGUCUCGUUUUAAAAAUGAAAUAUUUAUUUGUCUGAACUGAUUUGAAGUUAUGAUUUGGCUGCACUUAUAGUUUUGGCACUCGAAGGGAUAAAAUGAUAGAGUUUUUUGAGAGCAAAUUAAUAUAUGUUUCAAUGCACAGUUUGUUUAGUGUGUGUAUAUUUAAUUGUGAGUUUCCAAACAAAGAGCAUAUGGCACAUUCACUGAAUAAUGUAUUGCUAUUUAGGUAGCUGGUGCUUUAAGAAUACAAGCUGGCCACUGUCCACAUAUUUAAAGCGACCAGACUUCCUCAAUCCAUUUGCUUUUCAUAUGUGAUGGUAACGGCAAUGUCUAUAGGUUAACAUUAAUUAGCCCUGAAAGGAAUAUGUACAGAACAAAGUUUAAUAUGAUUUAAAGCAUUAAGUCUGGGCAGAUUCUGGGUAUCAAAAGUAAUCUGGAUGAUUUUCUUUAUGUUUUUUUCUAUUGGUUCCUACCAAAAAGUACAGCGCUGGUAAGCGGCACCUCACAGACUGGUUUACAAUUUCCCUAAUGUUAUAUGCAGCAUACAACGUGUUGUAAUAAGUUGUAACUUUAAACUGAUACAGCCCCAGUAACAUCUAAUUUUAGGGAAUAAAUUCCAUUCAUUAAAGAGAAUUUUGCACUAAAAGUUUCCAGCCUAGAGAAUAAGCCCCAGUGAGUUGUGGGAUAUUCUCCUGAGUUACUGCCUCUUUAAGGUAAAAUCCUGACGAUUCCGAUAAUCAUUUGAUAGCGUCUUACUGUAGCAGCUUAGUAAAUGUUGUGAUUUUAUCUUCUUGCUGCCAGGUGAAGACGUACUCUUGCUUCCUCCGGCGAGCCGAGCUUUACACGGUUAUUCGCAAAAUUGUGAAUUGUUAGGAAUUCUGCCAAAUUAGCCAAACCGAAGGACUUGGGGAAUUGUUCCAUUUCCGCUAUGAGGCCUAAAAUGUGAAGUUUACUUUAUAUUCGGAACAGUUUACAUUUCAGAGAAUAACCACGAUAAACCUAUUUACUAACCUGGAGGAUUCAGUGGGGAAUAUUCUUUAAUUCAGAUCCAGCUUGGGUAUUUUGGUCUGAAAGCUAAAAUUCCCUUGUCCACUUUCCCUCAAAUUCCCAAUUUAGCAAAUAAGCACCUUCAGGAGAAUGAUGGCAGACUCCAGGUCCUUCACAUUUCUUACACUUCAGUAGCCCAACUUAAAAUGACACUACAGUCCCCAAAACAACUUUAGCUUAAUGAAGCAGUUUUGGUGUAUAGAACAUGCCCCUGCAGUCUCACUGCUCAAUUCUUUGUCAUUUAGGAGUUAAAUCAUUCUGUUUAUACAAUCCUAGUCACACCUCCCUGCAUGUGACUUACACCCCCUCCCUAAACAUUUCCUGUAACGAGUCAUCUAAUGUUUAUACUUCCUUUAUUGCAAAUUCUGUUUAAUUUAGAAUUUCUUAUCUCCUGCUCUGUUAAUAGCUUGCUAGAACCUGCAGGAGCCUCCUGUGUUUGAUUGAAGUUGAAUUUACAGAGCAGGAAAUAAAAACCUUUAACCCCUUAAGGACAUAUGACAUGUGUGACAUGUCAUGAUUCCCUUUUAUUCCAGAAAUUUGGCCCUUAAGGGGUUAAAGUAAGUUACAUCGGAGUGAAAAUGAAACCAUUUUGUGAUCAUGCAGGCUUGGUCAGUCACAGCCAGGGAGGUCUGGCUAGGGCUACAUAAACAGAAUCAAAAGUGAUUUUGACUUCAGGUGCAUGAUCUAUACUAAAAUGGCUUCAUUAAGCUACAGUUGUUUUGGUGACUAUAGUGUCCCUUUAAAGUAGUGGAUUAAAACAAUACAUUUUAUUUAUUUAUUUUUUCUUUCUCUAACAGCCUGUUGACUCCCUACCUUGACAUCAGGUGAUAUUUCAUUCACACAGAGAGAUCCCAAUUUUCUCUUUGAUGGAACUCUGAUCUCGUAGUCUCCCACUGCAGUGCAGGAAGCUCUGCUUCCUAUUGGCUGCGUUAAUAUUCACACUAAUAGUCACAGCCAGUUGGAUUGUCCAGAUCAGCGACAUCCUUUAGCUUCCCGAUGGCUGGAAAAAAAUUGGAGAUUAGUGAUUGGUUAUAUCUAUUAAAUGGGAAAACUGUAUCUACAACAAUAAAAUUAUAACAACUUAAUAUCUAUCUGGUGCUGAUGUUUGCUCAGCAUACCUUAAAUUGGUUAGAUGAUAAUAUCAUUUUUUUUCUGUAGUAUUGUUUAGUUUAAAUUUAUGUAAAAAAAGGUUUAGGUGACGGGGUCCCUUUCAGUAUAAUAUUCUCAGUAAUUCCAUUUGAUGAAUAUUAGUUUUUGAUGCAUACACCAUUUUUCGGACAUGCUACAUACAUAUUGGACUUGGAGUUUGCCACCUUUGUUUCAGCACAAGUAACAGGAAAUUAAGAUUGCAGGCAGGGCGUGUGAGUCGCUGUUUAUCUCGGAGAAUUCAUGUAUUGCUGUUACCUGUUACAAGCCAUUCUAGGCUUAGCGCCGGUGAAAUAAUUGCCAUUUUUCUGUGCAAUUGAAUGUUUUAAAGAAAUGUCAUUGCAUUCUGGAUUCUGCUUUUUACAAAGAAUACAAAAACCUUAC